CUGCUGUUGAGGCUGUGGUAUGAGCCUAUGCGGCAGGAAGGCACUGACGUUGCUGAGCAGCGUGUUCGCUGUUUGCGGCUUAGGCCUCUUGGGGAUCGCCGUAAGCACCGAUUACUGGCUCUACCUGGAGGAGGGCGUCAUCCUUCCCCUCAACCAGAGCACAGAAAUACGCAUGUCCCUCCACUCUGGCCUGUGGAGGGUUUGCUUCUUGGCUGGGGAGGAGAAAGGCCGGUGUUUUACCAUAGAGUAUGUAAUGCCUACUAACAUCCAUAUGACCUCUGAAUCCACUGUCAGUGUCCUGAAGAUGAUCCGUUCUGCCACACCCUUCCCUCUGGUCAGCCUCUUUUUCAUGUUCAUUGGCUUUGUACUCAGCAACAUCGGCCACAUCCGACCCCAUCGCACUAUCCUGGCCUUUGUUUCUGGGAUCUUCUUCAUCUUAUCAGGUCUGUCUCUGGUUGUUGGUCUGGUGCUGUACAUCUCCAACAUUAAUGAUGAAAUGCUGAACAGGACCAAAACAAACGAAGCCUACUUCACCUAUAAGUACGGCUGGUCGUUUGCCUUCGCUGCCAUCUCCUUCCUGCUCACUGAGACGGCAGGUGUCAUGUCAGUGUACCUGUUCAUGAAGCGUUACACGGCAGAGGAAAUGUACCGGCCUCAUCAGGGCUUCUACCGGCCGCGUCUCAGCAACUGCUCCGAUUACUCCGGCCAGUUCCUCCAUCCAGAUGCCUGGGCUGGACGUGGUCGCAGUCCCUCCUCCAUCUCCUCUGAGGCCUCCCUCCAGAUGAACUCCUCCAACUACCCUGCCCUCCUCAAGUGUCCAGAGUAUGAACGAAUGUCCUCCUCACCUUGCUGAGGGAGAGUCAGGUGUCAGCCCUAUAGGCAUCAGUUUGAUCUCCCUGGAUUUUGUCAUAAAAUUGUCUAAUAAUUUGAUGUUAUUCAGCUUGAGUCAUUAGAGGCCCCUUCUUCAAGUGUCCUCACUAUGACCUGCUUCUCCCUGCUGCUGAUUUUUUUUAGCUAUGCCUUUUGGUUCUGUGGGGAGUUAAACUUAUGUUGAAGGUUAGCCUUUAUUCUUAGCUGACCUGUCUUGUUCCAGAGGGACAAUAAGAAGAUUAAAGAAGAGAAUUUGACCGCAUCGUACUUUUAUGUGGUUUUAUCUGCUUAUUUUUUAUUG